CGCAACGAACCAUUAUGAAACCGAACUAAUUUGAACUUCCCCCCUUGAAUCCGCUCUGAGUCUGACCCCUUCCUGUUUCAGCAAUCAUCUCGAUUAUCCUCAUCUGAUCUGGUCAGGGUGGUCUGCAACAAUGGGCAAGGGCGGGUCUUUGAGUCACAGCGUCCUCAGGAAGAUCCUUCUCUCUUACACCUACGUUGCUAUCUGGAUCUUCCUCAGCUUCACCGUCAUCGUCUACAACAAGUACAUCCUCGACAAGAAGAUGUAUAAUUGGCCUUUCCCAAUCUCUCUCACCAUCAUCCACAUGUCCUUUUGUGCCUCCCUCGCUUUCCUCCUCAUCAAUGUCUUCAAAUUUUUCGAACCUGUUUCCAUGUCUUCCCACCUUUACCUUUCUUCCGUUGUCCCAAUCGCUGCCCUUUACUCUCUCAGCCUCUGGUUCUCCAAUUCCGCUUACAUUUACUUGUCUGUUUCCUUUAUUCAAAUGCUCAAAGUCCUCAUGCCUGUCGCUGUUUAUUCCAUUGCCGUUCUUUUAAAAAAAGAACCCUUCAAGCCUAAUACUAUGCUCAACAUGUUGUCCAUCUCUCUUGGGGUCGCUAUUGCUGCCUACGGAGAAGCUAGAUUUGAUACCUGGGGUGUCAUUUUGCAAUUGGGAGCCGUUGCUUUCGAGGCUACCAGGUUGGUUAUGAUCCAAAUCUUGCUUACUUCUAAAGGGAUCACCUUGAACCCCAUCACUUCUCUGUAUUAUGUUGCACCCUGCUGUUUGGUUUUCCUGUUGGUGCCAUGGAUUUACGUUGAAUUCUCAGUUUUGAAAGAGAUAUCAGAUUUCCAUUUCGAUUUCCUGAUUUUUGGGACCAAUUCUCUUUGUGCUUUUGCUUUGAAUCUAGCUGUCUUCUUACUGGUUGGAAAGACUUCUGCAUUGACCAUGAACGUAGCUGGUGUUGUCAAGGACUGGUUGUUGAUUGCCUUCUCAUGGUCUGUGAUUAAGGACACCGUGACGCCCAUCAACUUGUCUGGGUACGGGCUGGCCUUUCUGGGAGUUGCUUACUAUAAUCAUUCCAAGUUGCAGGCUUUGAAGGUUAAAGAGGCACAGAAGACGACUAGAGAGGCUGGCGAGGAAGCUGGGAGUUUACUCAAGGAUACCCAAGGUCAGGAAACUGGUACCAGUAACACCGAAUCCCAGAAUUAGAUCACAUACACUUUAGGAUAUGAAAUAUGGAAAGACGCACAGUUUUGCUCUUUUGGCUGCAUUUUGGUUUAGAGGUUUCCAAUUCAUUCCAUAAGCUAAUUAUUAUGGCCAUUUCUUAGUAAUUUUAGGGGUUGGUUGCUUGUUGCAAUGAUUAAUGUUAAUAGAGGAAGAAGAAUCUCACAUGCCUUUUGUAUUUUUCUAUGAUGUUUUAAUUUCUUGAUUCAUUUUAUCCCUUUUUUGGGGGGUAUUGACAAAA